AUGUCGGCGCUACUGCGGAGAGUUAAGUCCACCGUUACCAUCUUCGACCCGCUUCAAAAUAAUCAACCUCGAGGUGCAUUGGAUUCGGCCGAAUCUUCAAGCAAGCCAGCAAAGCGACACCGACUGCGGAAAUCUUCUCAGUAUCAUCGUUUCAUUCCGAAUCUGCUUGACGUGAGUUCCAAUCAAAGCACUGUUGCAUCACGCCAGAGCCAGCAACAACACCUCCAAAACCGGCCCCUCACCGAGUUUCGACGCCGACUUGCACGAAAAGCCUCGACCUUUAGCUUGAGAACUAGACGUCGCCAGGGCGAGCUUGAACAGGACGAAGCGAUCCAAGAGCAAGAGAAGCUUGGGGAACUGUUGCUGGUGCAAAGUGAAAGGGAAAGGGCAAAGGCUUACGCACACGGGGAGAGACCUACCGAAGUGACCAGACUCGAAGGUGAAGAGCAAGCGUGCAGACCUGCAGGGGACGAGCCAAACGAGCAGCCAUACACAAGAGAGUCCUCGGCGACAGCAGUCCCCCCUUACGAUCCUCUCACGAAUCUCUCCGUCCCUAUCGGUCAACACCCAUUGCACUUUCAAGGAGACUCUCCACCACAAACCUCCACUGCGUUGCAAGAUCUCAUCUCCAAGACCCAAGAUACGUACAUCACCAAAUACGUGGCAGGAGGAAAGAUCGCUGUCAAGAAGAUGGCUUCGGAACAGGCUCCUCCUCCCAUACCCUACACCCGGCUCAAGGAGAUCACAGAGAACGCAUGCGAAGCCGCCCUUUCAGGGGUAACGUCUUACUCCCACCCGGACACUGAACGAUGGAACACGAUGAUCAUCAAUAGCAUCCUGGGCGCCCUCGUGGAAGAGACCACGGUCAAACCCGCCCCUGGAUCGUCGACUGCCAGCCAACCACAAUACAAAUACGUGGUCAACAGCACAAUCAUCCAGCACGCGGCCUCCACUCCGGCUUCGGCAGGCGACGACUCCAAGAAAACGAGUGGUCGUCGAGGUAUGCACGCGGCAAGUGGAGCUUACUGGAACAACGAAAAGGAUGGCAUGUGGAGCUUCAAGUACCCUGGCGCCGAUAGCAAGGGUUUGGAUGUGGUUGUCGGCAUCAUCUGGGUCUGGGUCGGUUAA